GGAGGUUAGGUACCUGCUUGCAGUUCCAUUUCCCUCCUCCUCCUUCCUAGGAGGUCCAAACGACAUGGAUGGCAAUGACAAUGUGAAUGACACGCGUGGAUAUGGAACGGCAUCUAAGCUGAUGGAAAGGCCGGAUACAGACACUACCCAGGAUUUGGUUGACGCAGACGGGAGCCAGCCAACAAGUGCCAGGCCAGCCAGGCCCCAGAUUCAAGCCCAGGGAAUUACUAGGUACCUACCUGCUCUUUCCUAAAUCCAAGCUUGAGUCCAUCCAUCUAUGCCAUGGAAGCGCAAGUGCAACUAGCCUUUAGCCUGCCCUGUAGUGUAGAUUGCCUACUUGGGUAAGUGCAUUGCAUUGCAUUCGACUACAUUACAUCCAAGCCAUCCACUUACACCUCAACUUCACUUCACCACAUUUCAUCCACAUUAUUCUCUUGUUCUUUAUAAUUUUCUUCUUCUUCUUGUCGACCAUCCAUUGUUUACUUUCACCAACUGGCUUUUACAAUCAUUGCCACUUAACGCUUGAACGAAAUACGCACAUACCUCGAACCAAUUACUUCGUGCCCUCACUUUCUCAGAGAUUCUUCACCCAGAAGUCAAUGGUGAAAUAAAGAAACAGCUCACGCUCUCCUAUACGCCUACCCGCCCGCCACAACUGGAAUACUUUCUUCCUUGAAAAUAACCUUUUUACAAAGGCCCUCGUGAUACCCAUUUGCACGCACUGUUUGGUGCGGUUUACUUUGUUGAGUUCGAGAGCUCAACUUUCGCCAUUGUUCGGUGCGGUAGCUCUCACGAUUAGAGAGAAGCGCCUAUCAACAUAUGCAGCUGAAUUGACGAUUCGAACAAGCCUUACGAUUACUCCCAUCUUAUUUGUCACAGCAACCUGUUGAAAGGCAGUGUUCGCCUCAUGAGGAUUCUUGGGAGCAACACAGCGCGGCCCAUAUUCCUAUAAAUACUGAGGCCAUCGUCGAUUUUAGACUUGAAGUUUUCUCCCCCAAAGUCAACCUCUCGAGAUCACUGAGAUUACUUUCCCCAUUUCCUGGAGACUGACUUCGAGUCCAAGGUUAAGAUCACUUACACUUGCACUCACUCUACCCUUCCACUAUCUCCCCCUUUCUCCCCCCAUCUGCCUCCAGCCUUGAAGGCUAUUCCUUCCAAGAUGUCUGGAACCAUGCCACUCCAACCGACGUUCUACGGUUUCAUCGGGGACACCACUGAUGCCUUGAUCAUUUUUGAGGCAUGUCUCUCUGGCAAACUGUUUCAUGUUCCUCGUCGACCACAUGACCGUGAGCGUCAAGAUCUCAUCAAAAGCGGCAAUAUCUUCGUCUACGAAGAGCAUGCUUCUGGAAUCAAGCGCUGGACUGACAGCAUCUCAUGGAGCCCCAGCCGUAUCCUUGGCAACUAUCUGCUGUACCGGGAGCUUGAGAAGCCCUUCCCACCUGGAGAGAAGAAGCGCGCCAGGGGAAGGAACGGCAAGUCAACCACACAAUCUGGAGGCAUCACUAAAUCACGACCACGAAACUCUGUCCCUUUCCAAACAGGCCUGGAACAUGGUAAUGAGUACACCACUGUGCCCAGUGAUGAUGAGCGCCAUCUGGUCGGUUCACUCGUCGACUCGUACGACUUCAAGGAACAAGGACUGGUCAAGAAGACUAUCAGCAUCACGUACCAAGGCGUGCCUCACCACCUCGUCAGUUACUACCAUGUGGAAGACGUCAAGGCUGGUCUUUUGCCUAGUCCUGUGGAUGAUCCCAGACUCCGCGGCGUCGUCCCUCGAACCGAGCUCCUGACAGGUCAGAACUUCCGCGCCCCGAUCGAGGAAGCUCAACACGGUACCUACUUGAGCGGCGCCUACAUGCCAAACAUGGAUCACCAGUAUGCUCCUAUUGGCUUUCCCACACACACACAGCAACCGGCACUCCAACAGCAGCCACAACAGCAGCCACAGCCGCAGCACCAGCCACAACUACAGUAUCAGCCACAGCCGCACCAGCACCAACCACAGCUGCAGUACCAGCCACAGCAGCAGCACCAGCCACAACAACAAUACCGACCACAACCACAGCACCAGCCACAGCUGCAGUACCAGCCACAGGCGUUGCACCCGACAGCACAUGGUUACCCGCAGUCUUAUGGUCAGGCGUGGUGGUAGAACGUGCUCAUAUAGAGCUUCAGUAUAGGGCAGCAUCAAUAAUAAACACGUUGGAGUCCUUGAAAAUUUUGCGCCUUGUAUCAUAUUAUCUAAGAGUUGGCAUCGCGGUUGCUCUUGGCGCUCGCGCUCAUCGUAGGCCGCACAGUAGGCAAUGAUCCUCCAGAGGACAUGGAUUGUCGCACGCGGGACCAGGCGUAGACCAAACCGCUAAUGAAGCCGAGGAAAAUGGCAGAGACACUGCCGAAAGUGACUGGGGCUGAGAAGAAAACAAGGCCGCUGAUUGCAAUAGGAAGCUUGUUCAAGGCUCCAACCAUAGAAUAUGUUGUUGAGGAGGUGACGCGAAUGCACCAUGCAGAGCAGUAAGAGAUGAAGAUAGCCGCAAGGCCAGAGUAGAUCAUGCCAAUAAUGAUCUUGUUGCGGGUAUCGUCGGGGAAGUUGCGAGAGAAAUUGUAGGCGGACCAGUCCUCUGUAAGAAGCGAACAGACAACUAGAACAGGGAUCGUGAGGAGGUUGUUGUA